AUGUCAGAAGACUGCUUGUCUCUAAAUAUCAUCCGCCCAAGCAAUAUCUCUGACUCAGACAAGCUACCAGUAGCAGUAUGGAUUCAUGGACGAGCUUGCCAGGGCCUCCGGGAUCAACGCCUCGCCCUUGAAUGGAUCCAAGAGAACAUCUGCUUUUUCGGAGGUGACGCGAGUAAAGUCACCAUUUUUGGUCAGAGCUCGGGUGGUCUGUCCGUCGGUAAACAGCUAAUCGCCUACGGCGGGCGUGACGACGGGCUAUUCCGCGCUGCUAUCAUGCAGAGUGGGGGUAUGGCAGAGAAGUGGCCUUACAACAUCAAAGACCCUGAGGUCUACAUCAAGGAACUGUAUAUGAAUCUGACCAUCACGACGGGGUGCGCGGAUAGUGCCAGCGCACUUGAAUGCCUACGCGCAUUGCCCGCCGCGCUGAACAUCAUCAGCACUCCCGUCUACUCAGGUACUGGCUUGGGCCCUUGGCUCACCCAGGUGGAUGGUGAUUUCCUGCUCGACGGGCCGACUGAGUCACUCGACAAGCAACAUUUCGUCCUUGUGCCCAUCAUGUACACGACCACUUCGGACGAUGCCACGGCCUUCAGUUUCGUCGAUUCCGUGAUACCGAUGCUGACUUUCGGAAUUUCAUCGGAGCUGGCGGGCCUGACGAGGCGAUUUCGGUGA